UCAAUUAAUUUGCAUUCAUCAUCCGAAGCCGGUAGAUGAUUUUGUGGUUGACCGUAUUAGAAAAAAGUAUUAUUUUACCAAGUCGGAGAAGCAAAUUCAAGACUCAUUAAAAGUUGUGAUUCCAUUUAUUAUAAACUAGCGACCGUUUAUAAAAGUUUUGCAAUGCAUCGAUUACUAGUGAUUCUUUGCAUUUCUGUGGCACUAGUUGCUGGCGCUGAGCAAGAUGUGCUGGAUUUGACGGAUGACAAUUUCAAUUCUGUGUUAAAGCAACAUGAAACUACAUUGGUUAUGUUUUAUGCACCAUGGUGUGGACAUUGCAAGAGAUUGAAACCCGAGUAUGCCAAAGCUGCAGAAAUUAUGAAGGGUGACGAGCCUCCAAUUACAUUGGCAAAGGUUGAUUGUACAGAAGCUGGUAAAGAAACUUGCGGCAAAUUCUCGGUAAGUGGCUACCCGACCCUUAAGAUUUUCCGUGGCGAUUCAGUUUCACAGGACUAUAGUGGCCCUCGCGAAGCAAAUGGUAUUGUAAAAUACAUGAGAGCUCAAGUUGGACCAGCCUCAAGGAAUAUCAAAUCUGUUGUUGAUUUUAACAAAUUCCUCGAUACUAAGGACACCACAAUAUUUGGCUUCUUCGAAGAUCCAGAUGUAGCCCUUGCUAAGCUAUUCCUCAAAUUCGCCGAUAAGAAUAGAGAGAAGUAUCGUUUUGGUCACAGUAAUGACGCUGAUGUACUUGCUAAAUACGGAGAAACUGAAAAGAUUGUGCUAAUCCGUGCACCACAUUUGGCCAACAAAUUUGAGGAAGCAAAUGUAAAAUUCGAAGGAUCAUCAGAGUCUGAAUUGGAUACAUUCGUGAAGCAGAAUUUUCAUGGUUUGGUAGGACAGCGUACACAGGAUACCAUUCGCGAUUUUAAAAAUCCACUUAUUGUUGCAUACUAUUCAGUUGACUAUGUGAAAAAUCCUAAAGGCACAAAUUAUUGGCGUAAUCGUGUUCUCAAAGUGGCAAAGGAAUUUACUAACAAAGCAACAUUCGCAAUCAGCGCAAAGGAUGAUUUCCAACAUGAACUUAAUGAAUAUGGUUAUGAUUUUGUUGGAGACAAGCCAGUCAUCUUAGCGCGUGAUGAAAAGAAUCUCAAAUAUGCACUGAAGGAAGAAUUUUCCGUUGAAAAUUUGCGAGGCUUUGUUGAAAAAUUACUUGAUGGUGAACUGGAACCCUACGUAAAAUCGGAGCCCAUUCCAGAAAACAAUAAUGCCCCUGUUAAAGUUGCCGUUGCGAAAAAUUUCGAUGAAGUAGUCAUUAAUAACAACAAAGAUACAUUGGUUGAAUUUUACGCACCUUGGUGUGGACAUUGCAAGAAAUUGGCACCAAUAUUUGAUGAAGUUGCCGAGAAAUUGCAAAAUGAAGAUGUAGAACUUGUGAAAAUGGAUGCCACUGCCAAUGAUGUGCCACCAGAGUUCAACGUUCGUGGAUUCCCAACACUUUUCUGGUUGCCCAAAAAUGAGAAGGACAAGCCCGUCGCUUACAAUGAAGGUCGUGAGGCCGAUGACUUCAUUAAGUACAUCGCCAAACACGCUACCGAAGAGCUCAAUGGAUUUGACCGUAGUGGCAAGCCGAAGAAAACAGAACUUUAAGUAUAUGCAGUUGAAAUAUCAAUCUGAGAGCAUAUUUAAAAUGGUGACUAGUUCAAAAAUUUCCAUUACAUAAAUUAAACAUUCUCAUGUUAAGUUCAGCAUAUGUAACGCUUGAAAAUUUAUAAUCUUUCGAUAAAGCGUUUAACAAAUAGUGAUAAAAUUAACUUUUUUAUUUGAAUAAAACAUACUGAUAGGAAUGAUAUAAAA